ACGGGUGCUGCCGCCCAGGGACGGUGGGUACAUUCGCCACUUUCCCCGGUGAUCCCUUCUCGUGUCCAGAGACCUCCCCCCCGCCGCUUUCCUCCUCACCGCCCCGAGGGGAACCGUCUGCGGCCGCCGCCGCGUAUGAUAAUAGAGGAAUAUGGCAUCCUCAGACCUGGAAGAUUUAUGCUUUCACAUCAACAUGAAGAUUUCAACUAUUAAAAAGACUCUUCAACUAAGAAACAUAGGUCAAGAACCAUCUCUCAAAUCUAUGCUCUGUAAAAUAGGACAGGAGAUGGUUCUCUUGCAUGAUCUCCUGAAUAAAAUGGAAGCGGAAGUUCAACAGCAAGAAAAACUGAAGAAUUUGCUAAAAGAGCUCCAGAAGUCUGCUGAGAGAGAUCAAAAUGAAGCACAGCACCUCCGUGAAAACAUUCCUCCCCAUCUGCCUAAACCAACUCAGAGCUGCAUCACUGGCCUAACUGUGAAAUGUGAAGAGCAAACAAAAGUUGUAGAACCCGAACGUGCAAAGAAACCUACAAAAGAGCCAAGACUUAUUAAAGAAGCACCCUUAAUAACCGCAGAAGAAUUUGAAGGUGUUCCUGCGUAUAUGAAAGGCCGUUUAACAUAUGAUCAGAUUAAUGCAGUUGUUCAAGAAAUUAACAAGGCUGUGGUGGGCAAGUACAAGAUCCUGCAUCAGCCUUUGAAAUCUAUGAAUGCAGCAGUCAGAAAUCUCUACCACAGGUACCUGGAAGAAGAAACUAAGGAUACAAAAGGUGAAUUUUUUGUUGUGGAAGCCGAUAUCAAAGAGUUCACUCAACUGAAAGUGGAUAAGCGCUUCCAUAGUAUCCUCAAUAUCCUGCGCCACUGCCAGAGAGUGAGAGAAGUUCGUGGCUCAAGACUAGUCCGUUACGUCAUCUGCUAACAAGCUUUCCAUGUUCUGCUUGCCCAAGAUACAGAAGGCAGAAGUAUUUUGAGAUGCAGAGAGAUGUUGUUGUCUGCAGAGAGAUUCUAUGUGUGGACGUUUCUAUCUGUCUCUCUUAUUUUCUAGAAGGCAGUAGAGAGGACCAAGAAGUGUUUUUUAGACAUCUCUCCUAAAAUUAGAAGUGGCAAUAUCAAAUGGCCUUGAAGUUUUGUUUUGAAAACUUGAGAGGAACUACUGUCUUUUGGUAAAUUACAAAUGCAAACCAGAUAUGCAAUUGGUGCACCUGUGGUCACAGGUGGUUUUAAUCACAUUUUCAGGUCAGCACAUGGAAGUUAAAUUCUCUGCAUGUUAACAGUGUUCCUUUUGUGUUUAUGAGUUGGAGACUGUGUUUAAGACUCUGUAGCUACUCAAAGGAAGCAUUUGACUUUUUUUUUUUUUUUUAAUCCCUCAAACCGAUUUCCAGAUUUCCUUUUCUUAUCCUUUUUCUUCUUAUCCUAAUUGUAUGUUUUGGAGUUUCGUGCGUCGCUUGAACAGGAAGAUCUGAGGUGGUUUAAACAUUUCCAGACUGAUGAUCGGUGGUUCUGUUAGCUGUAUGGUUUUCAUACUUCAUCAUGCAGCCAAUAUUUUUUUUGCCUCAGACCAACCUGUUAGACUGAAACAGUAGAGCAGUGGGGGUUUUUUAAGUGAAAAUGCUGACUUUCACAUUGAAAAUACUGGUCAAAAUCGUCACAGUUUUUAUUAUAGAAGGUUGCUUUCAAUGAACCUGUUAGUGUAGUAAGUUCCAGAGUAGAAUUAUUGCGAUCAAUAUCAACUCUGUAAGUAAUCAAAACUGUUUUGAUAAGAAAAGCUAUGUUUUUUUUCUUCCAUGAGCCUGUAUCUGAUGUUAUCCUAACAACGAAUCUAAAAUACCUCCUCUUGUACCCCGUCGGUGUUAAAAUGCCAAUUUAAUGAGCAAAAGACCCUGAAUGAA